AUGGCUCCAUCGGACGGCGAAGCGCAGGAUGCGGUGAAUGGCGCAUACUACGACAGUCAAGUUACAACACCUCGGCAGAACUUCUACACUACCAAUGGAUCAACAUCGGAGAGCUCGUCCCAGCCCCAGCGGUACGGCGGUAGCAGCUUGGACGCGGGCACAUCGGUAGAGCGCUCGCAGCAGCGACAUCUAGAUCCCAAUGGCGAGAGCGAGGCGCGACCACAGCGGCCGAAGAAAGACAGACGACCGAGCGAUAAACAGAGAAUGUGUGGGAAGUGUCAGAAGCACUUGACGGGCCAGUUUGUACGAGCGCUGGGCGAUACAUAUCACUUGGAGUGCUUCACAUGCCAUGACUGCGACAAGAUUGUAGCUUCCAAGUUCUUCCCCGUCCCCGACCAGCCUCCGAACCAGUACCCGCUCUGCGAAACCGACUAUUUCCGGCGACUGGACCUUCUCUGCUAUGCUUGCGGCGGGGCACUGCGAGGAUCGUACAUCACAGCUCUGGAGCGAAAAUAUCACAUUGAACAUUUCACGUGCAGCGUGUGUCCGACAGUGUUUGGUGCAUCGGACAGCUACUACGAGCACGAAGGCGAUGUCUUCUGCCACUACCACUACUCGACGAAGUUCGCACAAAAGUGCAAUGGCUGCCAGACUGCCAUCCUCAAGCAGUUCGUGGAGAUCUUCAGGAAUGGCGUCAACCAGCACUGGCACCCGGAGUGCUACAUGAUCCAUAAAUACUGGAAUGUACGACUGCAUGCCCCGCCAGCGAAGGGCUCGGAAGCAGAGCAGCUGGAGCUGGAACGACAGCGGUCAAGAAACGUCACAUCCGACGCUGAUGCAAGUGAAGAGCUCAGGACCAGUGUUCGCAAGGAGGAAGAAGCCGUGGAGCUCAAGGUGCACUGGAUUUGGCAAACACUCAGUACAUUCGAGGAGAGAUCGGCGACGUGCAUCUCUGACAUGUUGUUGCACGUUAGCAACGGUGCCUACAUGGACGGUGUCGUGGCGGCCAAGAAGUUCAUCACUCACGUGGACCUGCUAUUCUCGUCCGCCGACGACCUGGACCAUCGGUUGCAGCACCGGCCUAAGCGUAACGGUGGCGAGCAAGGCGUGCGGACAUUCGACACCAUUAUUCAUCCCGGCUUGAGCUACAGCAGGGAGGCGAAGCUCUUGUGCAAGAAGGUUGUCGCGUUCUUCCAGCUGCUUGCAGAAAGUCAAGACACUGGCGUGCGACGUUUGGGAGUCACACAAGAGCUGCUCUCGCUCGUUACUGGUUUGGCGCAUUAUUUGAAGCUCAUGAUCCGGAUAUGUCUUUCAGGCGCGCUAAAGCUCGAGCGCGAGACGGGCAGUGUAGAAGGCCUGACCAGCUUUCUCGAAGACAUCAGCAAGCUAGACGACCGGCUAGAGUCGGACAGCCAUCGGGACUCAAGAGCGGAUGCAGAGCUAUACGUGGACAAGGCGGCAGAUACGUGUGUGGUCUGCAGCAAGGCGGUCGAAGACAAGUGCUACCGCUUGCGAGAUCAGAAUCGUGUCCUGCAUUCGCAGUGUCUGGCCUGCUCCAAGUGCGGCAGAGACUUGAACAGCGAUUCAGAACAAGCAAGGUGGAGCGACCAGCAGGAGAGAUUGUACUGUGAGGCACAUUCUCCACCGGACGCGAGACUGGGAAUGUUGGUGCAGGUGACCAGGCUAAACCAAUAUGUCCACCUUCUACGGGUGGCGCACGCCCGGCUACUAGCAACUUUGCGAACAAGCGGCGCGCUACCACACACAAGCGAUGACCCUAAUCUUCUCGGGUACGAUUCGCGAGAGGGACACACGCCGACUGCUGAAGGAGAUCCGCCAUUGUUGCGGUCAAACACCCGAAGCAAAUCGUACGCAGGCGUCUCUAGCGGCGGUGCGAUGCAAGAUACGAUGGGUGACAUCCGCCGAUUGCGAAGUACAAGAAUGGAGAAGCAGCUGUCAAACGCCGGCAGACAAGUACGAAAGUCGCGCAUCAUUGAUGGACCGGAGGGCAUGCGGCCCGGCUCUGCAGAGGGCCCCAAUGGGCGAGAUCGAAGGCGAACGGGCACGUUUCAGAUCGUACAAGACACCGAUGCGAACGGAGAGCAAGUAUCGCAGCUUACGUUUGGCAGAAAUGACACCAUGACCUUGGAUGACAUUCCGCGGAUAGUGCAAGCACAGCAGACUCGGGAGCAGCGGCCGAACGCGUCGAAAUACGCGCGACAGCCCAUGAUACCGCAGGAACCUGUUCCACGGUUGGUCAAUGGACAUACACGCGACGUGUCGGAGGACCAGGAGAAGAUGGAGCGGCCUCCGGGCACGAAGAAGUACUUCUCCGAGCUGACAGCGCUGGAGUACUUCAUCGUGCGCCACGUGGCGGUGUUGACGAUGGAGCCUCUUCUGGAAGGACACUUCAACCAAGAAGAGCUGUUGGAUCUGAUCGAGACGAAGCGGCCGACGUUCUGGAGCAAGUUUGGCAAGGCUUUUGCGCCGAAGCAGAAGAUGCCGAAGAGUUCUAAGACCGCCAUCUUUGGUGUCCCGCUUGAGCAGCUGCUGGAACGUGACUACGAGGAGAGCACGGAUGGCGUGGGUCCCGGGAGUCUCAGAAUCCCAAGUCUGGUACAGGAGGCUGUAAGCGCGAUGAAAACCAUGGACAUGAGCGUGGAAGGCGUUUUCCGGAAGAACGGCAACAUCAAACGCCUGAACGACGUGAAGGACGAGAUCGACGCGAAAGGCGCCGUCGAGGUUGACCUCACAAAGGAGAAUCCGGUCCAAGUCGCCGCUCUGCUGAAGAAGUUCCUGCGCGAGAUGCCUGAUCCCCUUCUCACGCACAAGCUGAACAAGCUCUGGAUCACUUCACAGCGGAUUGAGGAUGCCGAACGGAGGCGAAGAGUGCUGCAUCUGACGUGCUGUUUGCUACCUAAGCCGCAUCGGGACACCAUGGAAGUCCUGUUCACGUUCAUGAACUGGGUUUCGUCAUUCAGCCAUGUGGACGAGGAGAGCGGGAGUAAGAUGGACAUCCACAAUUUGGCGACUGUCAUCACGCCAAACGUGAUUCACCGAGGCAAAGAGCAAAUACCAGUCGACGACAGUUUCCUGGCCAUCGAGGCAGUGCACAGUUUGAUCGAGUGCAACGAGAGCAUGUGCGAAGUCCCAGAAGACCUUGCCCAAAUCCUCAACGACUCCUCCCUCUUCUCCAACAGCGCCGACAUCACCACCAAAGAAAUCCUCAAACGCUACGGUGGCGCCCGCGGCAAAGCCCCCGUCGUCAACUCCCCCGCCUUCAACGCCAGCAAAACCGACUCCUACGGCGACGCCUCUUCGCCCAUGCCGCAGACUUCCAGCCCCUACAACGCCGCCUCCGGUCCCUUGGCCCAACGCGUCGAUACAGAUCCGAACAUGAACUCCGCCUGGCAAAACGAGAGUUCCGUACGGCAUGUGGGCAGCGAUUACCCCGGGCCAGGCGGUGUAGCGACGCCUCCAGCGUUACCGUAUGCGAAUUCGAGGCAUUCGAGUGAGAGUCACGGGAGUCCAAAUCGCGCGAGCAUGCGGAAUGCGAAUUAUGCUGAUAAACAGCGGGCCAUGGGUAUGGUGUGA